CAUUGCUGGGACAGCGGUCAACACCGAAGCCUGCAGCGGGGGAGGGUGCAGCCAGCCUCAGCCUGUGUAACCCAUUGUUUCUAAAGAGUCCCUGGCUGCAAAGCCACCAAGCUCUCAAGCCAACUGCGGGUUCUUUGCUGAGCUGGAGGUGUAGCUGAGGAACGAGCCUGGAAACUGGAUUCUCCUGCAGAUGUGAGUCACAGGCCAAUAACACCAGCAAGUAAGGAGCUUGCCGCGGGCAGCAUCUGGAGAAGGUUCUUGGGAGGCCGUCAGAAAUGAGUUUCUCACUGAACUUCACUCUGCCGGCCAACACGACUUCCUCCUCAGUUGUAACAGGUGGGAAAGAAACAGACUGUGGGCCUUCUCUUGGAUUAGCAGCAGGCAUCCCGUCCCUGGUGGCCGCAGCCCUGCUGGUGGCUUUACUAUCUAUACUGAUUCGCCGAAGAAGCAGAAGCAAGGAGUCCACUGAGGAAAGUGAGAGGCCAUGUGAAAUUUCAGAAAUCUAUGACAAUCCCAAGAUUGCUGAGAAUCCUAGGCGAUCACCCGCACGGGAGAAGGAUAUCACGGGAGUGGAAGAAGCCCACAUAUAUGUGAGGACUGUAGCGGGAAAUGAAGAGCCCGUGCAUGACACGUACCGUCCCGCUGUUGAAAUGGAGAGAAGACGGGGACUGUGGUGGCUUGUGCCCAGAUUGAGUCUGGAAUGACGCCGUUUAGUCAAGGAGCAGGUAUGGAGCUGGAACAGAGCUGAACACCCGUGGCUUUGUGCUCGGAGUGAGGAGAGACGCCAAGCUGCUCCUUAAACCGAUCUAAAUUUCAUGUGUAGACCUGGAAAACUUUCGGGUUGGUUUGUCUCUGUAGGUGACAGAGCCAAAGGUUCACUCCGAUACUCAGAUCUUCUUGUUUAAUAUGCAGUGAAGCACCAAAUGAGGUCCAGAAGGAGCCCUUUGAUCCUAUUCUUGACUCCUGCCUUUCUUUUCUUUAUGAUUUUGGGAAGGGACUUGAUUUCUGAGUGUUUUGCCUUAUCAUUUUUUUUCCCAUCUCUUUUCUCAAAAAGAAAAAAAAACAAAAACAAAGUCUUCAGACCUGGCUUCUGUGGGAAGAUUGGCCAAGGCCAGCAGGGUGCAAGUUGGGAUAUAAAUAAAACUUAAAGAGGAUUGUGA